AUGAAAAGAGACAAGAGCAAGGCCCGGGAUACAGCUUCUAUCGAAGAGAAACUGGUCCAGAUUUUUGUUGGUGUUGAUGAGCUUGUGGAGACCCUCGGCCUCGAACAUUCAUUCGAAACAUUGAAAAACCAUACCAUUGGUCAGUUUGAAGCUAUCAAAGGUGACAUCCAAGUGCUUAAUCCAAUUGGAUACGUGCCAGUACUUGUGGAUGGUGACUUCGUAGUUGCAGACUCUUUUGCUAUAUUACUGUAUCUAGAAGAGAAAUAUCCUCAGCAUCCAUUGUUGCCAAAAGAUCUUCAGAAAAGGGCUCUAAAUUACCAGGUUGCAAAUUUGGUUUCCGCAAGCAUAAAACCUCUCCAAAAUUUACCUGUCCUCGGAUAUAUUAAUGAAAAACUUGGCCCUGACGAGAAAAUUCCUUGGAUAUCUUCCUCCCUUGUCAUGAUUUGCAAUUUAUUUCUAAGAACAAUCUCUCCGCUUUCCAAUAGGACUGCUGGAAGAACUCCAUUGGAUUGGGAGACGAGAGUGAAAAUAUCCUUAGGAGCAGCAAAGGGCGUUGCUCAUCUUCAUUCUGCUGGUGGUGCUAAGUUUACUCAUGGAAAUAUAAAGUCGUCUAAUGUCCUUCUGAACCAAGAUUUUAACGGUUGUAUCUCGGAUUUCGGCUUAGCUCCCCUAAUGAACUAUCCAGCCACUUCUCGGCACGUAGGUUACCGCGCUCCAGAGGUGAUAGAGACGAGAAAACAUUCUCACAAAUCUGAUGUAUACAGCUUUGGAGUCGUUCUACUUGAGAUGCUUACAGGAAAGCAACCGAUUCAAUCGCCAGGGCGUGAUGAUAUUGUUGAUUUACCAAGGUGGGUCCAGUCUGUUGUCCGGGAAGAAUGGACUGCUGAAGUUUUUGAUGUUGAGUUAAUGGGAUUCCAAAACAUUGAAGAAGAGAUGGUGCAAAUGCUGCAAAUUGCCAUGGCAUGUGUUGCAAAGGUUCCAGGCCUGCGACCUAACAUGGAUGAAGUAGUUCAAAUGAUCAAAGACGUCCGGCAAUCCAACUCCAGUAACCGGCCAUCUUCAGAAGAGUAA